AUGGCUGGACGUCGAGGCUCAAGCCGAAGACGUAGCGGCGGCGAUCCUUCCAGCUCGCUCAGCCGCUCAGCUGGCUUGGACGACAUCCCCAAAGAUGACGAAGAUCAUUUCGAGACCAGCCGUGACCAGAUCCUUCUGGACGGCUUCGAUCGCAACAACGCCUCGGACGAUGACAUGGAUGUCGGUCUCAACAACCGAGAAGUCCUAGGCGUGGAGGAAGCUCCUUCUGACGAAGAUGUGGACUCUGACCUGGACGAUGCCGAGGAGGACGGCGAAAAGGAUGACGAUGCAGGCGCCUACGAAGAUGAUGACGGCUACUCUCCUGGACAAGGCCGUGAGGCUAAGAAGGCCAACAUGGUUAUAUCCUCGGACGAUGAUGACGACCUCGAUGAUGAUGCAGAGGACGACGACGAUGAGGAUGGCCCGCAGCUGCACGAGAACGACCGCGGAUGGGGCACCAACAAGCGAGCUUACUACAACACCAAUGACCUCGACGCAAUGGACUCGGAUUCCGAAAUUGACGAGGAACAGGCACGCCAGCUCGAACUUAAGGAGGUCAAGCGCCUGCAGAAGAAGAGCCGUAGUGCCAUGGACGACUCAGACUUUGGUCUUGGUGGCGAUGACGCUGACAGCGAAUUGGCAAAGUCGGCCAAGGAUGCCGGGAGGGAACAGAGGAGACGUGAACUUGAUGGUGGGGACGAUACUGCGGCUAAGACAACAGCAGUUUCACCGAAGAAGUUACAGCCUGCGACUAACGGCGUCAGCGCUCAGCCCACUGAUGAGUCCACGCGUCGAGCUCUACUCGCAAAGCUUCAACAGACGAGCCCAGAAGCUGUGGCGCUGGCCGGUGAAUACGCCGACAUGCUGGAGGAGUUUGGUCGAGUCGACCGUCUUCUCAAGAAGAUGAUGGCUGAGCAACCCAACCAUGCCAGUCUUGAGGUGAUGCACGUUCACUACCAGACCCUCGCGACCUACAUCACUACUAUGACGUUCUACUUUCACCUCCGUGCCUCCCCCGAGUUCGUCAAUGAUCCCGCCAAGCUCCGUACACAUCCCGUCAUGCAGCGCAUGAUGCGCUUCAAGCAAGGUCUCAGCGUAAUGGAGGAUCUUGGAUUCGCUUUCGACCCGCAGCGUAUGCCUGGCUCCAACGGUGGAUUGUCUUCCGACGAGAUGGAUGAGAUGCACAUGCUCAGUCAAGGGAGCGAAGGCGAAGACGAUGAUCUUGGAGACCUCGACGACGACGAGCUCGCAGAUCUCAUGGCGGAUGCCGAUGCCGGAAAGGAGAAUGCCGCUCCGGUCAAGAGCAAGAAGAGCGCAAAGAAGGCCAAGAAGCAGGCUCUGCGUGAUGCUGAGGACGAUGUUGAGUACAUCGGUGAGGAUCUGGCUUCAGAGCCCGAGCAGAAAAAGGAGAAGAAGAAGGCGGACAAGAGCAAGAAGAAGGAAGGCAAGGCUAAGAAAGCAGGGCCCAUCGCACCACUUGCAGCUGGGUUGGCCGACCUGGAUGACGAACCAAAGCUGCAAGUGCAGCUGAAGAAGAAGGGCAACGCCAAUGGGUCUGCGCCCAGCAACCCUUUCGCUGUCUCAGCAAACGAGAGCCACUUUGAAGAUGCCACAUUUGGCGAGCUCUCCGGACUCUCUUCCAUCGACUCGGCAGAACGUGCAGCCAGGAAGCGUUCGUUGCAAUUCCAUGCCUCGGCGAUCGAGAGCAAGGCCCUGCAGCGAUCAAAGGCCGCAAAGGAGCGUCAAUCAGGCGAUGCCGAUAUCCCCUACCGCGAUCGCGAACGCAGUCGAGCCGGUGUCGAGGCAACCAAAGCAGCUCGAGAAGCCAGGCUACAGCAACAGCUCAACGGAGGCAUGGGCAAGGACGUUGCUCUGGAUGGCGAAGAUGGAUGGGGCGAAGCAGACGAGAAGGACUGGCGCGACGUUAUGGGUCAGCCCAUUGCUUCCUCGUCGUCCCCCUCUCGCCGUGGCGGUGAUAAUGGCGACGACGACGACGACGAUGCAGCCGACUACUAUGACCUCGUCACCUCAUCUCGCAAGCGUGCUCGAGCCGAGGCCAAAGCGGAGUACGACGAGACACGCAAUGCGGAACGCUUUUCCCUCAUGGAGGACGAGGAGCUGGAAGAUGGCCAACACCGUGGUAUUACACGCCAGAUCGAGAAGAACAAGGGUCUUACACCACACCGUCCCAAGAUAUCGCGCAACCCACGUGUCAAGAAGCGUCUCAAGUACGAAAAGGCCAAGAAGAAGCUCGGCUCUCGCCAAGCUGUCUUCAAAGGUGGUCAGGCUACAUUACAGGGAGGAUAUGGAGGAGAAGCAUCUGGUAUCUCGACUCAUUUGGUCAAGUCUCGCAAGCUUGGUUGA